GUUUCCUGUUGUGUGUGAGCGGUGUGGAGAGGAGGCAAGUUUAGUAUUUUGUAGCUUUCUCUUUAUAUUCAUCUGUCUGUAGUUUCACCACAUCGCUGGGACAGACACCACCAUGGAUAUCCGGCCAAACCACACAAUUUACAUCAACAAUAUAAAUGAUAAAGUCAAGAAAGAAGAGAUGAAGCGUUCGCUCUACGCGCUCUUCUCUCAGUUCGGUCAGAUAAUUGACAUUGUGGCGAUGAAGACCAUGAAGAUGAGAGGACAGGCUUUUGUCGUCUUCAAAGAGCUCGCUGCCGCCACCAACGCACUGAGGCAACUGCAGGGCUUUCCUUUCUACAACAAGCCCAUGAGGAUACAGUACGCAAAGACCGACUCUGAGGUCAUUGCCAAGGUGAAAGGCACGUACGGUGACAAGGAGAAAAAGAAAGAUAAGAAGAAGAAAGCUCAGGAGCAGCCGGCAGUUAGCCUAAUGAAGAAGCCAGCAGCGGCUUCAGCAGCACCUGUGCACUCCGCUGCAGUACAGGUGCCAGACAACCCACCAAACUACAUCCUGUUCCUCAACAACCUGCCUGAAGAGACCAAUGAGAUGAUGCUCUCCAUGCUGUUCAACCAGUUUCCUGGAUUCAAAGAGGUGCGGCUCGUCCCGGGGAAACACGACAUCGCCUUCGUGGAGUUUGAAAGCGACACGCAGGCGGGCGUUGCUAAAGACGCACUGCAGGGCUUCAGAAUCACAGCGACCUGCGCCAUGAAGAUCACCUACGCCAAGAAGUAGUUUGAUCACUGGACACAGAGAGACUCUGAGUGGGAGGGGGGUCGGUCCCUGGAUUUCCGUUGUGUUUCCAGAUCCUUUUGGUUUUUGUAAAUCUGACAGGUUUUUUUUUUCAUUAACGAGGCCGAGCAAGAAAUCUCCGGCCUUCAUCUUGUUUUGUAAAAUAAAAGGUUUUUUCAUAA